AUGGAAAAGUUCACAGUCUCCACAGAAAUGGAGAUUGUUAACGCUAUCCAAAAUGCACUUGAAGGAAAUCGAAACAUAUCUUCUCUGACAGAUCUUCCUCUUGAAGCAUUGAACAAAAUUCAAAAUUAUUUGAUUAAACUUGGACAUCUGAUUGUCGAAAAGAAAAUAGAAUACAAAUCUUUUUAUGAGCUUCGCAUGGAGGAGAUUGAGAGAGUUCUAUCUCAACAAGCUAUAACUAACGAGCAACCUUCGGCAACAGCUAGUCAGCCAAUUAGUUUAUCAGCACAUCAUCCCAUAGUAGAAAAGACGAAUUCAAAGACUACUUUGGCUGUACCUUCACCAAAACGAGAUACAUUAUCAUUUUCAAGGCAGAACUCGCGAACGGAAGUUGGAAAUCGUCAGCAUGUUAAGAGCACCAAGACUGAGACUCAAAAUUUAGAUGAUAUUUGGAUUAAAACAGAGAAAAAUGAAAUUUUCAAAAGAUUGCCUGAAAAUAUAGGAUAUAAACUGGAUAUCAUGUUCGAUGAUAUGCUUACCAAAACACAUUCCCCUAUUUCUCGUGGCCCUCACUGGACAGAAAAAUUUAAAUUUUUAUUUCAAAAAGGUCGGCAGACGAAACGUACACGUCAGAAAGUGAAUCCAAAGAUGCCUCCAACUCCUAUGAACAUGAAUGACAUUUCUCCGUUUUGGAAUGAAUAUUUUCCAAAAUUUCAAGUUGAAAAGACACAAAAAUGCCAAAGAUCAAAGAUACACUGCCUCUUAUCGUGUAUUGUACAAUGUGAUCCACCAAGUAAUACCAAUAAAACCCCUAGACGUAAAAAAACAAAUCCAUUGGCUCCAAAUAUUCCAUAUCACAACUACCUUCAAUUGCCAUACGAAGAUAGGCUGGAACUUGAACUUAAGAGCCUGGAAUUAUACCCCCAAACUGAAACAGAAAAUGCUUUUCAAGGAAAUCUUCCAGCAACGAUAAAUAAAUAUGAAGAAGAACUUACGGAGAUCAGAACCGAGUUGAAGGCAUUCCAAAAAGACUUAAUCGAGAAGAUUCCGGAAAUUAGAAAGAAAGAAGAAGAUAGAUAUCGAAAUAUUCAAGAAAUUAAUCUGUUUUUGGAUUCAUUACCUCCAAAAUAA